AUGGACGCAACAAUACGGCGGAGAUGCCUUGCGCAUGUCGCUCGCAGUCGUAUACUGGGUCUACGCCACACCAGCACCGUAACAACCACAGCGCCGCCGCCAACCCGACACACCAUCUCCUCAACCACAUCUCCACCUCCCACAACCUCACGACCGAAGACUUCGCCUCCCUCAUCCUCCGCACCAGCAAAAGACAUCACACCACCGAAACCAGUCGACCUCCAACGCUACUACGUCUCCUCUCCUCCCACAUCCGUCCAACAAACCUACGCCCACCGCUACUUCCAAAACCCAGCCUCCCCUCCCAUUCACCUCUGGACAGCCGCAAAAUUCUCCACAAUCCCUCGCUCUCCAUACCCCGAAGUGUGUUUCGUAGGCCGCUCCAAUGUCGGAAAGUCUUCCCUCUUAAACGCCGUCUUCGGCCGUCCAAAAGAANNAAAAAUCGCAAGAGUGAGCUCUAAAGCCGGACACACCAAGACGCUGAACGCAUUUGGGGUUGGUGGAAACCAAAGAGAUACAGCAGCCAAAGAACCGCUUAAGCAAUUGAUGUCAGGAGCUUUGGUUGUAGUCGAUACACCCGGUUACGGCUAUCACUCGCGUCAAGAAUGGGGUCCUGAAAUCAACAAGUUCUUUGAAAAGAGACGGCAAUUGCGUAAAGUGUUUUUGCUGAUUGACGCUUUACAUGGCAUCAAACCUAGAGACUUGGUGUUGUUGCAACAUUUUGAGACUGUAGGAGUGGACUAUCAGAUUAUUCUGUCCAAGGUGGAUAGGAUAGUCAUGACUGAUAGCAAAGUCCCCGGGCCGGAGAAAUUGGCUAGACAGGUUGCAAAAUUGGAUAAGAUUUAUCAAGAGGUGGAAGAACAGUUGAGUGCUUUGGACGAAGGCAAAAGAAGAAAGAAAAGAGAUGUUCUUGCUGCGAGUGCUGAGAAACAGAUUAAAGGGCUGCAAGGGUGGGGAGGUGGUGCGAAGAUCGGUAUUGAAGCUGUUAGAUGGGCUGUGCUCAAGGCUUGUGGUUUGGACUGCGAUGAGCAGGGAAACAGAAGAAUUGUUCAAGGUCUAGAGCUCCAAGACGAAGCGGAUGAGGAUGACGAGGUUGUGGCUUGGAAGCCUCAGAAUUGA